UACUUCCAUUGAUGUUAACUUUGUUUUUAAUUUCCAUUGAUCGCGUUUGACUUGACAGAGGCAGAUUUACGCGGUAUUGACAUCUGAACUUUUAAAACAUCUAUCUAAGCGAAUUUCUUUUCAAUUUUUUGAUCGCUUCUACUAUAUAUAUAUAAAGUUUCUAAACGGUGGCGAGGAAAGUAUAGAAAAUUUGUUACAUUUUUAAGCAAAGAAUAUUUUUUUGGAUCCAUAAACUAAUAACAGAGGUACACCAGGUUUACACAAUGGAUAGCAGAGGUACAUCUAGACCACGUUUUACGCGGUGCAUAAAUGGUUCAUAAGAUCGCACAAAUCAAAAAUGGAAAUAGUUAUAGCUUUCUGCAUUUAAUCGGCUUAAUACUGUUCUCACUUGCAAAAAUCUUCUGGAAUGAAUUUGUUCUCUUCAUGUCGAUGACGUCAUCGAUAUUUGUCGGCAUCUCAUAUAUUUGCUUGGAAGCGAGUGCAAAAUGCUUUUGGCUUUUCUUUACAAAAUCAUAGUGGAACAAAUGAACAUGAAUUGAGGAAACAGAACAAUGCAAAAAUUAUUGUAUUUUGAAUGAAAUUUCGGAUUUUCUAUCGCGAAGGGAAAAUAACGCGUUAAAUAAAGUGAAAAAAGAAAAGAAGAUAAAAAUAAAAAAAGCUGUAAAGGUGGCACAAAAAAAAAAAAAAAAAAAAACAAAAAACUUCAUCAUCAGAUGCUAAGUUUCAUGUAAUGCGCUUAUUACUAACGUUUUCAAAACACAACAGUUAUGUAAAUUUUGCUUUGCACAAAAUUACUUUGAAAACAAUUUUGAAGAUCGCUCGUGACCAAAUUGAUACAAUAUAUUUUCACGUAUAACAAACGAAUGGUUAAAUAACGUCAGCAUCGCAUACGAAGCGGAAGUGUAAAGAAAUAUUAAGCAUGUCAUCCGGAUUGAUGUCUUGUGUACGGGAAAACUCCCCACCUCUCGAAUUGAAUGCUUCUGGUCCCUUAUCGUUACCGGAAAGAAGUUGCAAUGAGAGUUCUGAUUCAAUCGGAAUUAAGAAUUCACCCGCAUUACAGCAUACUAGAGCCUCUUCUACUCCUCUAAAUCAUACGCAUUUGUGUGAAACCGACGGUGGUGAAGCUAGUGGGGAAAGCGUGAAUAUGUCAUUUAACAACAGCAACGAGCACCAGAAACGACGGCGAUUUCAUCCAUUGCGAAAUUUAAGACGUAUAUUUCGCCGUCGUACGAUUACUUCAUCCGCAGUUACAUCAACUGCAGGUACAACAUCGGCGGCGACCGUCACGAGCGCAGACAAACCCACCUUAUUAUUGACGGCGCACACCGGCAGCACAAGCGAAAAGAAUUUACGCAGUGCAACUCUAUCAUCGAUAACGUCGAUAGUAUCUGCUUCGUCGCCAUCGUCACCUUUAGCGCAUCAACAACUGCAAGACGCCUAUUUGAGUCAAUCUCUGCCAAAAUCGAAGACGUCAUAUCUAUCACUAUUGGGUAACAAUAAACAACGUAAUGAUCAAAUUGCCCUAAGUGCGGAACUCAAAGGUAAAUCGAAGCAUAAGCAGAAACAAGAGAAAAUUGGCAAACAAAAAGAAUCGGACGUUGAAGAAUUGGCGACGACGGUAUUGGCGCAAGGCGAAACAAUGUUUACUGCGACGACAACAGCGAGUGCGCCACCAAGUCAUUACUAUCAGCAGCAUCAUCAUUAUGGCCAGCACCAACAGCAGCCGGUAAUGAUAUCAAAAAUCAGCCAACAACGGCAAUCCUUAGGUGUAUCAGUCUAUCCCGGAGCCCUGAAUCGUGCAUUAUUUACCGAACGGCAAAACUUGCGUAGUUCAGGCGACUCGCUGCAAGAUUUAGAUAGCGGCAACGACAGCGGUACCGGAGUUAUAUGCAGCGUAACGGGCGUUGAUCACAAUUCUUCGGCCAACGAACGCAUUAAAAAUGGUAGUGCUAGCGGUGGUGAAAUGUCCGACAGUCAACGCAGUCUAAGCGAAAGUCGUUUAAUUGAUAGUGAUUAUUCGCGUGAAGGACUUUCACAGUCACAUGACAGCGUUUUUUCGGAGUCUGCGACCGCCAGCAGUUUAUCCAUAGUUUUAAAGGCUGAACUUGCCGAUGUUUUGCGUAAACGUCGCAAUCGCCCCGACGCAUCGGAUGAAGAUUUAGGUUUGCCUCGUAGUCCAGUAUCACCGCAACGGCGAUCCACACAUCAUGCAAUUGCCGAUAAGCCAGAUCUUUAUAAAACGGCAUCAAACGAACAGCAGAAGUACGGGACUUCGACGGGUAUUCAAAGCAAUCAAAGCGAAGUCUCGUCUAUAAGUUUGUUAAGCAUGAAUAGCGCUGAUGGCGACGAUGGUUUUGAAACUAAUAACUCUAUGAUGACACUUACAGCGGAAGUUUUACCUGAUAGUAAUGUUAACGUUGAUCGGUAUCCGCAAUCUCCCGUGACAUCGACCCUGACGUUGAGCUUCGAUAUUUUGAGGCCUUCAAGCGGUAAUAAUGGAUUAAAUAAUAGUCACGAUGAUGAAAUUGAUGCUUGUAAUGGAGAUCGUCACCGUUUGUCGCAUUCGGCAGCCAAACAUAAAAUGGCUGUAAGGCCUACAAAGCGAAAGGGACCCAGUCGGCAGCAUAGAAGGACAUUAGAGAAUUGUAUACCCGAGGCCAAUGAAGAUUUAAAUAAGUUUGCUAAUUGUAGUCCAUGGGAUGUGAAAGAUGCGGAUGAUAAAACAAAGUGUAAAUCACUUCCCCUUAAGGUAAAUGCAAAUCUCUUGGUUUUGUAUGCCGACGAAGCUAAACUCACUAGCAACACUGCCUCUGAAGAAACACUUAAACCUGUUCCUAGUAACCUUCUAAAAAGUACCGUUUCCACGUCAUCAAAUCUAUUUAGCUUACGUUCAUUGACCGACACAACUUCAGCCAUAUUUGAAUCCAAAGAAACUUUGCAAUUGGAAGAGGAAUCUAAAGGAUCGGAAUUCUUAAAGAAGUCGGAUAUACCUCAACAAAAUCUAAAUAACUCGGAAACGGCAGAACCCGGUUUUUUGAAAUGCUUAGGGCGCUCUAAUGGAAAACGGUCCAUAUCUAAGGUUCAAGAAGAAGAUUCUCAGGAUCAGAAAAAUUUGAAUAUUGAACAAGGUGAUCCGAAAAAAUUGCAAAUAUCGACAUCUUGCUUCGAAACAACUGGCAACAAUAUGAUAAAUAUUAAUUCUGGUUUAGAUAAAUCGCGCAGUGAAAUUUCUUACGAGAAAAAUGUCGAAGAGAAGCGGCGAGAGAUCAAGAGGGAGAUUCAUUCUGAGGGCAAAAUCGGUUUGAGUGCUAUGCUUAAUAAUUUCGCAUUGCCGUUGACGGACAAAAAUGCCUCCAAACCUAAAUCUGGGCCGGCCGCGCGACAGCGAUACAUGCCGCAGAAUAUUAGCAAUGAAUCGAUUUGCAGCUUAGAAAAGCAAAUAUUUAGCGAAAAAUACGUACAACCUGGAGAGCCACCGCUUCCAAAAUUGUCUAUAAAUGAAACAUUUCAAUCAACUUCCAUUAUUAAAGAAAUUACUUCAGCAUUGCAGGCACCCGGCAAACAAGAUUAUCAUUUCGAAAAGAAACCCAAGAUUGUCGGUUUAUCAGCAUUUCAACAGAAAAUCUCUCGUUCUACAGAUCAGUUUGGCCGUGGAUCUAGCACUAACGUGUCUCUCAAAUCAUUUGAACGAUCGGAAGAAGAAAUAUUUUGCCCUUCGCAUACCUACAUUCAGAAGCAACGUAAAUCGGUCGAAAAAUCGAAAAGUUUCCGAACAUACGGAGAAACCAAAGAAAACGUAUCGUCGGUUCAUAAUAAUAUGCCGAGUUUGCCCGAUUUAUCCCUAAAUAUGAAAGGCCCGUUUUGCAAAGAUUUUUUUUUCAAUGGCAAAGAAUAUUCCUCACCUUCACCACCCGAGCCGAUGGACGGUGAUCAUCGGUCAUCCCUGGCUUUUGAAAUUAAUGACAACAAAUUGAUUAAAGGUGACGGAGAAAAGCGCCGAUCAUACGGUAACUAUGACAAAAACAUUAUAUUAACAACAACAUCCGCCAACAGCAAAUCUUCGCCCACCAAACUGCUAACACCGUCAGCUGUCGUUAGCAAUUUAUCACUUUCAAAUAUUUGCAACAAAAACAUCACUGAAAUCGAAAAUAAUAUUGAUAUAAUUGUGAAAUUACCCUGUGUUAGUGUUAUACGUAAAUCGAUUAUCUUGGACGAAGAGGAAGAGCAAGUUAAUAAUAUGAUAAAAACAACUGGGGAGCAAAAGAAAUCAACUGAGCGGCCCCAAAGCCGACCAGAUGUUCUUAACUUAACUAAAGAGAAGUCGGCUAGCGAAGAUAUAUUGUCGAUGACGCAUUCGAACGGAUCGGUGGUACUACGAGAUAAAAGCUAUUCGAUUAAAAAUAAAUCAAACUUUGCCAAGGCCAAUUGCUCUGAUAUCGAAACACAAGAAACUGAUAGAAAAUCGGCUCCAGAUAUAAGCAACGGUAUUAAAUUGACAAAAUCGUUUACACGACGUACCAGUUGCGCAAUGGAGGGUUUAGAAACAGAUAAUGCCUCUGUACCGGAAUUCAUGAAAAUACAAUUGAAUCGAGUCGAUCCCGCCAGAAUAUCGAAAAGUCACGUUGUAUUGGCGAAAAAUUUCCGGGAACCGAAAAUUCCUUCUACGACAGCCAGUACUCCGGAGAAAUCUUGCAGUACUGAUGACUUAAGCUUCCGACGCUUAAGCAAUGAGAGCGUGGAUAUUAAUGAAAGAGAUUCACCGGAAAGUGAUAAUCGAUGUUGCGUUUAUUAUCAUGAAGCAAUUAAUCGGCAAGCUAAAAGCUCUACAGGUUUGCCGCCAAAAUGUCCCAGUAAAAAGUCGACACCUACAACGCCUAUUACGUCACCUGUAACGGGUUUGGAAAAUCACAUAUAUGAAAAAAGCAGAGAAGAAGGUAAACGUUUUCAUGCACUUAAUACCGAUGAAAUAACAAACGGUAAUCCUUUGUCUUUAAAAGAGAGGCGACGUUUGUUCAUGCAUGAAGAACACUUCAAGAAAGAUAAAAGCCAAGAAGAAGAACGCAAGAAAUCCCUUCCAAGCGAAUCUUUAUCCAAAUACGAAACUAAGAAUAUUAAUAAUAAUCACAAUGCAACCAAAGAAAUAUUAGAUAAUACGGUAAUAAUACGUAAAAAAUCUCUCAUCGCCAAUACUGCUAAUCACACGCAUUCAUUAAAUAAUCACACCGUGAACAAUAGUAACGGCAAUUUCAGUAAAAUUAGUCGAGAUGACAGUACACCUGAAUUGAUGAAAGUGUUUGCGCGAAGAUCGUUGAAAAUCAAAGACGAAGAUAUUGAUAAAUUGAUAAACGCGACAGUAAACUCAAAUACAAGCUCACAGUCAUUCAUUCAAAACAAUAAGAAAUAUCAAAGUGCCAAUAUACCUAAUGUUGACAGCGAUAAGGAAAAUCAAUCGGCUAGUGAGGAGAAACUUGAUAAAUUACCGAAGCUAUUGGAUAAAGAUACCAUAAGCAAUACUCAGGCAAAUAAUUCAAAUAAUUCGAGUAUGAAUUCGAGUAGUACUAGUGUUGCAAUUAUACGAAACUCUUUGGGUGAUUUUCGCUCAUCGCCGAAAUCAUUAAAUCAUGGUUUAGUACUCAAUAACAAUCACAACAAUUAUAACGGUAACAACAAUAAUAAUAACAAUAAUAAUAAUAAUAAUAAUAGUAAUAAAAAUGCAUCAAAUAUCAGCAAUGGCUGUCCACUGGGACAAGGGAUAGUCAAAAACUUUCUACCACCUGUUACUAAAACAACAAAUUUUCGUAACGUACCUAUUGAACGUAACAAUAAUUAUCACAUAGGAGAGACAAUGGGUAUAAAAUCCACCGCAUCUAUGGACCGAACAGCAAUAAGCCAUAAGAUAACUGAAAAUAUGGGAUGUAUACAUCCUAAUGAAAUGUCUGUAACCUUGGGAUCUAAAACAAUCGAAAGAUCAGCCACCGUAGGGGAAUUCAAAGGUAUCCAUCAGAGGCGCGCCGAAUGGGAACGAAGGGCUAAAGAAGCUUUGAAAUAGAAAACUAAGCUUUUUAUGAAAAAAAAAAACAAAAGCAAAAACACAAAAAAAAAGCCUAAUAGUAGAGAAACUUGUCUCGAUCAUCUAAGCGCUUUACCGCCUGUUCUCCAGAAUUCUACUUCUGAAGCAGAAUAAUACGAGCUUUAUUAGACAAACUAUUGAACAAAGUACCAGCAUUUAUAGUUUACACUUAAUUUCCGGAGUUAUAUUUCCGUUUCUUAUUUAAAAAUUCAAAUAAUUUUUUUUUUCUCAUUUCUAUCCGGUUUGGAUGUUUUUUUUUUCCUCGUCCUAAUACUUAAGAUUUUAAAGGUUUAAAAAGCGAUCACUAACGAACA